AUGAUAGAAAUAGAAAGGUUUUUUGGUGGAUUAUUGAAAGAUGAACAACAUCAAAAUCAAUUUGAAUCAGAUAUAGUUUUAUUAUCGGGUCCCAACCAUUGUGGUAAAACAUCAUUAUUAUUUCAAUAUGGAUAUACCUAUGCAAAAGAGGGUUACAGUGUAUUAUUUAUAUGCAAUAAAAAAAAAUUUAUAGGAUCAUUACCAAGUUUUCCAGAAGGUUUCAAAAAAGAUGAUAAUGUAUUAAACAAAAUUAAAAUAAAAUAUAUAGAGAGUGAUGCAGAUCUUAGAAGUUAUAUCAUGGAUUUCCCAGCACUAUCAUUCCUACCAGAUUUAAUACUGAUUGAUGAUUUUUCACUUUAUUUUGGUUCGAAUCUUUAUGAUAGAAAUACAGUAUUAGGCAAAACAAUAUCUUUCAUUAAAGAAACAAUAUCAUAUAUUAGGAAAAAGAAAACAUCACUUUAUAAUAAUAAUAGUAGUGGUAGUAAUAUGGAUGGUAAUAACAAUUAUAAUAUUAAUGAUAAAAAACUUUUAGAUUGUAAAGUUAUUAUAACCGAUUCAAGUACAACAUCAACAAUAAGUAAUGCAGGUGAUGGCGCAGUACCAUCAAGUAUAGCGAAUAAUACACAAAUGGGUUUAGUCUCGUCAGUUCACCCACGUUUUUUAUAUAUAAUGUCAAGAUGGAUUAAUUUGGUAAUAAUUAUAAAUGAAACACCUCAACACCCAACCCAACCAAUAAACCCUCAGUUUACACCUCAACCACAGCAACAGCAACAGCAACAGCAACAACAACAACAACAACAACCACAGCAACCAAAACUACCAUCAUUUAAUAAUUUUAAUUUAACAAUUUUUAAAUACAAUAACAACAACAAUAUUUUAUUUAAAGAUUAUUUAAUUAACUAUACAUUAAAAUAUUUUGGACCAAAUCACCAAAACAAUUGUUAUGUCACUGAAAAUAUUCAAAAUGUAAUUUUAGAAAAAUAA